UUGACCUUAAAUGAGCAUUCUUCUCCAAAUGCAGAUGCAGUUUCAAAAACUAUAGAUCCACCUGUCUUCUUGGAGCCCAUCAAAGACUGUUGUGUGAAUGAAGGAAGUACCAUUGUGUUGCACGGGGUUCUCACAGGAAGUCAGCCCAUCAAAGUGACAUGGCUGCACAAUGGUGAAGUAGCACAUUUUGGGAGUCCUUUCUUCAAUGGCAGGGAGGCCCGUUUUGUUGUGAGGGAGUGCUUACCAGAAGAUGCUGGAGCCUACACAUGCUUGGCUGAAAGCAGGGCAGGGAAGACAUCUUGCAGCGCUGCUGUGUUUGUUAGAGACUUCGAAAGUAUCUGUGGUGUUUCAAAGCUAACCACAAUUGCAUCAGAGAGUAUCAUGGAAAAUGGAGGGUCACCAAAAACUCCCAAAGACGAGCCGCAAAAGGCCAAAGACUCUUCUCCUACAAGCUGCAACAAGCAGAGUCCAGUCUCUUCUCCCAGAGACGUUGUCCCAAAGAGGAGAGCCAACUCAGGGACAGUCCCAGCGUUAACUUUUCUAAAUCCCACGAAGCACCUGGAAGUAAAGGCAGGGCAAACUGCCAAGCUGACCUGCUUUUUCACAGGAAGUCCCCCUAUUGCGUCCUGUUGGAUCCGAAAUAAAGAACAGAUAGAGGACGGUCCAGAGGUGUGGACAGAAAAUACCGACCAAAGCAGUACCCUGGUUAUAACAGAGGCCAAACCACAGCACACAGGACGCUACACCAUUGUAAUAAAGGAUCGCAAACACGUGGCAGAACACACACUUACCCUUUCUGUCAUAGAGCGGCCAGAGCCCCCGGCCUCGUGUCCAGUGGUCACCCCUAUCUCUGCGUCCAGCCUUGUGCUGUCCUGGUCGGGCCCUUGCUACGACGGCGGCAGUGCCAUCCUGGGUUAUUGGGUUGAGGUGAAGAACCAAGGAGGUGCUGAGGCUGAGGAGUGGAGACAGCUCACCGCCCGGUGCGAGAGCACCUCGUACAGAGUGUGUUCUGGGCUGGAGCCUCGGCAGGAAUACUGUUUCAGAGUUCGGGCGUUCAACGCCGUGGGAGUAAGCGAGCCAAGUCCGGUUUCAUCGUCUGUGAAGAUGGAGCAAAAAGAUUCGGACCAGAUGGAAAAAGAGCCCCCUCGUGUGUAUUCCUGUAUCACCGUUGAGUCAUCCCACAAAGUCACAGAUCACUACAAUUUGCUGGAAAAACUUGGAACUGGAAAGUUUGGCCUGGUGUUCAAGUUGACACACAAAGAGACGGGACUCGUGUGUGCCGGGAAGUUCUACAAAGGACGCAGUGCCAAAGAAAGGAAGGCCGCUCUAAAAGAGAUAGAACUGAUGAACGACCUGCAUCACCCAAAACUGGUCCAGUGCCUGGCCGCAUACGAUCACAAACCCGAAAUGGUCAUGGUAAUGGAAUACAUUGCAGGGGGAGAACUGUUUGAACGGAUUGUGGAUGACAACUUUGAGCACACCGAGCCUGCUAGUGCGCGCUACAUGCAGCAGAUCCUGGAGGGGAUUGCCUUCAUGCACCAGCAGAAAAUAGUCCACCUGGACCUCAAACCUGAAAACAUUGUAUGCGUCGACACCACUGGCACCUCCAUAAAGAUCAUAGAUUUUGGAUUGGCCGGCAAGCUUGAUGGCCAGACACCUCUGAAGGUUAUGCAUGGGACUCCUGAGUUUGUAGCGCCUGAAGUCAUCAACUAUGAGCCUGUCUCUUUGGCCACUGACAUGUGGAGUGUUGGAGUAAUCUGCUACAUCUUGUUGAGUGGCGAGUCUCCUUUCCAGGGAAACAGUGAUGCAGAGACUUUAGCCUUGGUCACCGCAGCUCAAUGGGAGUUUGACGAGGAGAGCUUCGAAGAGAUAACAGACGAGGCCAAAAGUUUCAUCAGCUCCCUUCUCAAUAAGGACUGCAGGCGGAGGAUGUCCUGCCAAGAGGCCCUUGACCACCCCUGGAUUGCAGCAUUUGAUUCCAGAGAUCUUACCUCCACAAAGAGUCUGUCCAAGGAGAAAAUGAAAAGGUUCCUUGCCAGGCAGAAAUGGAAGAAAGCUGGAAAGGCCAUGUUAGCCCUAAAGAGAAUGGCUCUGUUGUCCAGAAGCGAGAGCUCCAGUUCUCCCACAACCACUGGAGAGGCCUUCCCCCUGAGCCCGGAGGCAGAGCAUGCCCUGGAGUCGCUGGAGCGUAAGAUGCAGGGGCCUCCCUCGUUCACCCGCAGCUUGGAGGACCAGAGUGUUGCUCGGGGAUCCUGUGCCCGUCUCACAUGUCACCUCACAGGGUAUCCCGACCCAGAGGUGGUGUGGCUGUGUGGGGAAGAACCUGUGGAGGAGUCCUCCACGGUGCAGAUAGAGUACGAGGAAGAUGGCUGCUGUGCACUGGUGCUCUCAAAAGCCGGACCAGAGGACACCAACGUGUACACCUGCAGGGCCACCAAUGACCACGGGGAGGCAUUCUGCUCAGCCAAGCUUGUUGUUCAUGAAUAGCGUCAUCAGCAGCCGUACCAACAGCAGAUAGAAUUUGUAGAUAUGUGUAGUCUUGCGUUGAAAUAAAGGUUGAUAUUUUGAUGAAAGGAAUUCAAAUGGGGACCAAACUGUAAACUUGUAGUCGGGCUAGAAAUAUAUAGCAUGAGUAUUUUUGAAAAGUCGAAUAGAGUUACAGAGUAGUACGCAUAGCAGGUGGUGUUAUAGUUAUAGUUAGAUUUUGUUUUAGCUGAAACUGUGAAACAUUGUGCAAGUGGCUGCAGCUUAUGAUAAAUGGACAUAUUCAUUCAGAAAAGCGAGCAGGCCUGGAAUUAUGCUGUUUGAGUAACGUGGUGUUGAUGACCUGUGUUUUUUUAUGUGCAUCUUACGAGUUUAUUCUGAGAAAAUAGACACUUGAUGGAAAUUUGGCUCAAAGACAGGCCAAGACAUGUAGAAAUAUCUACAAGUUCAUACUGAUAGAAAAGUAUUUUCUUAAAGUCACAGCCUUAAUGCAGCUUGCUCUUCCACUAUUUUAAUUUACACUGGAUACAAAGCGGUAUCUUUUGAAUCAGUUACACACACUUCUUUUGCAUUGUCUUUCUUGCAUAUUCUAAAUCAUUGUCCCAAGUUAUUAAAGAUACAUUGUAUUUAAUUGGUUAUUGACAAUAUUUCACCUCGUGGCCACAAGAUCUCACCUGCUGUGAAGAAGAAUCCGAGUAGGUAUUUUGUGUUUUCCGAUGAAGAGGUUAACUUUAUGCCCUUAAAAGUCAGGAAAGUAUGGGUUUGUGUGUGUCACCAGGUGCAGUCUGAGCUACAGCAACCUCACAACCCUAAACUGGGUUUAGAAAAGUGUAGAAAGUAGAUGGACCUCUGUAUUUUUUAAGUUGAAGUUGUGUUGAAGUUUAAAUAAAAAGAGAUCACAUGGAAACUCAACUUUAAUAGCUGCCUGUUAUCCAGUGAAGAAUGCAAGAAUAAUCUGUGGUUAAGUGUCUGUUUAACAUAAAAAUCAUUUCUAUAUUUC